AUGAGGUGGAUGAACCUAGAGCCUGUUAUACAGAGCGAGGUUAGCGCUGCUUACUCUGCAACAGUAAUGGAGGUGACAGUUCUCAGCUGGCCCUUUUCUAUCUUAAGACAUCGCAGAGUGAGGCUGCAACACCGAGAGCCACUGCAGAGGGAAAUCACCCAGCGUCCUAAGGACGACCGGCUGCUCCGAAAGAUGAAAAGACCAUCAAAGACGGGUGAUGAUCUUCAGCCACUGAAUAAUCAGCUCCAAAACAGCCUCAGCUCUAUCCUUGUUGUUAAGGAAGAUCAUAAAUUCUCCUAUCGUUAA